AUGGCAUCCCGGCGCGCCCCAUCCGACACGUUCACGCGGUUUACCUCGACACAACCACACGCCAUGUCUCGCCCUACAGCAUUCAACUCAUCAACCCUGACCACCGACCCGAAACCACUGCCCCAGCCCCAACAACCCGACCCGGCAGGCGAGACACCCCAAGAAAAAGUCGCACGGCUACGAGCUGCGGCCCGCCAGGCCAAAGAGCGCGGAACCGCGUCCGGGGUAGACCGAUUCCUGAUCCACGGGCGGCGGUGGGCGGACAAUAUGCACCGGAUCACGACGUACGCGCUGAUUGCGUUCACGGGGGUCUCGACGGUAGUGGCGGUAUACGGCAUCACAAGCCUGGUGGCGCACAACCGACGGCAGAAGCGGGCGUGGAUCGAGCGCGAGAUGGGGCGGCUGAGCGACGCACAGCAGGCGUUUCUGCGUGGCGAGGCCACUGCGGAGCAGCUGCAUCUGCUGGAGCAGGAGCGGGCGGGCGAGGAGAUGGCGCUAAAGCAUAAGCGUGCGGUCGAGCAGAAGAAGAGCGAAAGCUAUUGGAGUCGGUUGAAGGGGAUGGUGGGUGCGACGGCCGCGAAGGGUGAGAUGGGCCAGGAGACGGAGCAGGAACGAGCGACUAGGGAGGCUCGUCGCGCGAGAGGCCGGCAGAACAUCCACGACGCCAGCUAUGUGGAGGGAGAGGUGCAGCCUGUGGCUGUGGCUGUUGCGCCGAGUGGGAUCAAAGGUGUCGGUGUUGAUUCUAAGGGGCGCCCGGUGCCUCAAGAUCGAGUGGAGUAUGUGUCGAGCAAGAUCGAGGAUCGGAGAAGGGCUGGAGAAAAAGAGGUCAUUGCACGGACCGGCAUCACUGGUGGCGAGCUGGAUGUUCUGGCAGGAAACGUCGCCGAGGCUGCUGCUGGAGGAGAGAAAGGUUGGUGGAAUUGGAUAAGGGGGCGAUAG